AUGAAAUCAGAUGAGGUGACAAUUAUUGCUGCAAGAAAUGAUGAUCUCAUCUGUAAGUAUGGUAGCAUCAUUGCAGAGAGACAUGGGCAAGACAACCUUCACCUGGUGUCACAAGGGAUUCGGCACCUUUCAAGGCUGCUGAUACAGCUCAGAACCAACAACUCCAUGGGGAUUCACCUCAAAGACUUUCUAAAGCCAGAGUAUUUUGACCACAUUGUGGCUUCAGUUAAGACGCUUUGCAACUUUGAGGAAUCAUCAGCAAAGUCAGUCGGAAUACCAUCCCUUGCACUGAAGUUAGGCCAUGCCAUAAAUAAGUGCAUCACUAUCCAAAGAGGUAAGGCUUUGAGAGAAAAAGACCAGGUGCUGCUACAAGACAUGGACAAUCUCGAAAAGCUUAUGGGAUCUGAAUGGAGUGAUACCAUUUCAUAUCACUCACUAGGAACACUCUACAAGAAGAUAUUUAACAAGCCAGAUCUGCUUCCAGUUACAGAAGACUUGGAGGUGUUGAGAAAGCAUCUCCUUCAAAAGAUUGUCACUUGUACAGAGACCUUAAAAGCUGCACCAACAAUACAGAAUUGGAGUGAGUUAGCUGAAACAACCAUUUGUCGGGUGAUAACAUUCAAUAAACGACGAGGCGGUGAAGUUUCAAAGAUGCUGUUGAGUUCAUUUGUAGAAAGGCCAGACUGGAAGAAAACAGCAACAAAAGGAAUUGAAGAUUGUCUAGAGCCAAUUGAGAAGGAACUGUGUAAGAGGUAUAAAGUACAAGUAAUAACACAUUCAGUAAUUUCACUAUCAAUACACACAAAAAAAAAUUGCAGACAUCUUGGAAUACAUGCACUGUGAUAUAAGAUACACUUCCAAAUCUAUCACCAGACGCUAGGCCAGAAACAUAACAAAAGAACAGCACUUUAAGUACCAGUACAAAACAACUAUUUUCACCCUUGAACUACUAUAAGAAACCUUAGCUUUUUUUGAUUUAAAACUGAUUUUGCUAAGGGAAAAUUAUCACACUGACUAAAAGUUUUCUCCAGUUUGCAUAUAUCAUUUGUUUAAGUUUGCUGUUAUAGUAAGACUUUUUCCUUGAGCAAAACAUUUUUUUGGCAUAACGUAAAGACCACCCUCACAAAUAGUUGCAGGCAUCAAGGGUAGCUGUGAAUUUCAAAAUUAAAUUAGAUCACCUGCCUUGUUAGUUUGAAUAUGCACUGCUCUCAACUCAGUCAGGGCCACAUACAACCAUUUAAGUUACUUUUGUUAAGCAUGGCCUGUAUAUUAACUAAAUACUUCAAAACAAAAGGCCACCUUCACGUUUGCUACUUUUUUAAAGAGAGACAUUAUUAAAAUUGUGCAAUUAUGUAAUAUGCUAUAUAUGUGUGCUGGACAUGGUUGACAUAGAAAGCAAAAGGGGACAUAAGGUCUCAGUGCUGUUAACGCCUGAUAUUAAAGGAGCAAUGGACAUCUUAGUCAAGAAAAGACAAGAGGCCAACAUCAAUACAAACAACAAGUUUUUCUUUGCCCGCCCGUCUGAAGACUCAUUGAAUCACAUUCGCCACUGGGACUGCCUGAGAAAACAAUGUACUGCGCUUAAAUUAAAAGAACCUGAUUUGAUAACAAGUACCCACCUUAGAAAGUAUGUUGCAACGGUUUCCCAAGUGUUAGACCUCCAAGAAAAAGAGUUAGAUUGGCUGGCAAGACACAUGGGACAUGAUAUCAGAGUACACAGGGAAUAUCAUAGACUCCACGAGUCAACCCUGGAGCUAGCUAAAGUCAGCAAAAUAAUUGCACUAGUGGAC